AUGGCAGCCACCAUGAAGGGAACUGUAGCGGUUGAAGAUGUUAAUGUCACUUUUGAAGACCAGCAGAAGAUCAAUAAAUUCGCCAGGAACACGAGUCGGAUGACUGAGCUGAAAAAUGAAAUAGAGGCAAAGAAAAAAUUGCUGCAGAAUUUACAGGAUGCCAGUGAUGACUUAAUGAUGUUAGACGACGACACUCUACUGAUCCCUUAUCAAAUUGGCGAUGUCUUUGUCAGUCACUCCCAGGAGGAAACACAAGAGAUGCUGGAGGCUGCAAAGGAAGCACUGGAGCAGGAGGUCACAGGCCUAGAGGAACGAGUGUCAGCAAUACAGCAAUUGUUGAGUGAUCUGAAGGUCCAGCUCUAUGCCAAGUUUGGUAACAACAUUAACCUGGAGGCAGAUGAAAGCUGAGCGGUGAAAUGGACAUUGACAGCUGCCCCAACGUGGACUUUUUCAUGCAGCUCUUGUAUCAGAUCCACAGUGCAUUUGCCAAACAAAGCAUCAAAUACGACUCGGCAUGAACUGCUUAGAUUUGUUUUGGCUUUUGUCUACACACAUGAUAUGAGUCUUCGUUUUAGCUUUGGCAAACAGUUUCACAAGGACAACAAAGGUAAAGGUUUGGAGAUUAAAUAAAUGCACAUAAUGUCUGACGUAUUUUAAUUGGUCCCUUGUUUAAUGCUCAUGGGUUUUUUUUAUUCUGUUAACUGUCGAACUGAAGUAAAAAAUGAGGAACAAAACUCUGUUUGACUAAACUAAAGGUCAGAUGAAAUUAACAAAAUGUCUUUGACACAUCAGUGUAUUGUGUGGUCUCUGCAUGAAGUCUUUUAAAAG